AUGUCGUCGGACCUCCAGCCCGCAACAGCCUCCUCCGAUGAGCAACAGCGCGCGACGAUAACCCCCCCGAUUGCCACCCAGCAGGAUCUAGAGUCUUCUUUCUUGUCGCAAAAUUUGGACCAUGACACGUCUAUCAGCAGCGUCGAAAAUGGGGAGAAACACCCCAAGGCGCGCCGGAAGAGAACCACAGCUAAGGACAAGAUGAUUCUCGAGGAGGCGUAUAGUAGAAAUCCGAAACCCGAUAAGCAGGCGCGUCUUGAAAUCGUCGAGCGCGUCUCUCUCAACGAGAAGGAAGUUCAGAUUUGGUUCCAAAACCGUCGACAAAACGAUCGUCGGAAAUCGCGUCCACUUUCACCACAGGAGAUUGCUACCCUGCGAUAUAAUGGAUCUCAGAACGUUGGCGAAUCCUUCAUCCCUCAAGUCAUGAACGGAGCUCCAGAAUUGGCCGUAUUCUCCGUCUCAGAAACUCCCGCACCACCUCCGUUAUUGGCUGCCGUGCCUUCAACUUCUCCGUCACGGAUUGCUCCUAACCCUUCAUUGCCGCCAAAUAUCCCGGAGACGCCAGUUGCUCCGGUACCGCCUCGAGCCUUGCCCGAGGCCACUCCCCCACAGUUACCGAACCAAGAGGCCUCUUUCUCGUCCUCGCAAGAGUCCCUGCCCGCGUCUCAGUCAUUCUCAAGCUCUGUGGGAUAUCUUGCCAACCGUUGGAACAUUGGCAGUUCCUUCAAUUCAACCCCUCCAUCACAUGGUUCUGGGGUUGAGGAGACUCCCAAAAGCGAGAACUAUAUUUCUUCCAGCUCCCCACACACAUCCCAGUCGGGAAGCCAGCCCAGAUCACACGUCAGGCUCUCAUUAUCACUUGAAGGCAAGGCAGAGCUUGUCUCCAAUGAUGCGUCGCCUUCUCGACAACCGCCACCCAGACCCUCCUCCACAAUUGAUACUCUACCGCAACCCCGACCGCGGAGUUUACAGCGUAGCCAUAGCGCCAUGCCUAGUAUCACUCUUCCCCCAAUCUCUGCACUGACGAAUAGUCUCCCCCCACCACGGCUGCUCAGGGGUCGGUCGCGUGACGUUCAUGCCUGGGAGUCGUGCGCAGACGCGGAUACGCACGAUCAGCUCACUGAACAGGCUGAGCAUGAAUCGACAGGCUCUGCCAUCGCAGCCAUCACCCUCCUGCGUUCAUCCAGUGGCGUGCUACAAUCAAGCGGUACUAAGCGUAAUGCCUCGUUGUCUCGAUCAACGCAACGACCACAGCAAGCGAAGAGAGCCAAGCUGGGCAGAGCCAGCUCCAGCAUUGCGCGUCUUGAAAACGCCGUAUAUAGCUCAGACAAGCUGAAAAAUGACACAGAUGACUGCGGGAAGGUCAAGGUCUCAAUGCUUGUUUCGCCAACGGACUCGGACAAGGAAAACUGGAGUCCCGACGAAGAUGGAAACUCAGAUAGCUAUCGGCAGCGUCGUCCUCUGCCGUCGGGCGCACCGCCUUCUAAGUCGCAAAAUACCCGUCGUCUCGGUCGGAUCCUGGAAGGUGCCAAGGGACCUACGUUACUGGGGAGUGAUCGCCAUCACUUCCCACCUGGACCCCGCCGGGGAGGCCGAGGCGUUGUUGAGAUCUUUGAGGACUCAAGGGAUCCAGAUGUGCGCAAGCCAAAUGAACCAGAAGUUGAGAAGUUUAUGCGUGGUGAUGUCAGCCCGAGCAAGAAGGGUGACAUGGACUGUGUUGCGGGACUUCUCUCAUUGAGCCAGGGCGCUUGGAGAUGA